AUGCCUCCUGGUGUCCCUGGCCGGCGGCUGGCGGCUGGCGGCUGUUCUGAUCAGGGUGCAUGCACCCUUACAUCACUGGCCAUCUCUCCCCCGCCUCUCUUUUCUAAUCCACCUCCCUGCGUAUCUCUUCCUCACAUCAAUACCACUCACGUCUUCAACCCAGUGAGGAAGGCUGCAUUCAUAAUCUGGGCAAUCGUCUCCGUGUUAUCGAACCUUGACUUUGAAUUUCAGAGCUCUGCCCUAAGAAGGGUGAGGGAGGAUGGGAAGGAGAAGAGCGGUGCAAACACAGACCGCAGCUACUGCUCGGAGGGGAGACCAGGGAGAGCAAGGCUGGGACCCUGGCUGCUUUGGACACGGCGUCGGAACCGGGAGGCAGCGUCUGGCAUGAGCAGGAUGCUUGCGGGAAGAUGCAGGCAGAGCUCCACGGAGACAGUGCUCUCCGGGGGUGAAGCGUUCGCUGGCGGGUUCAGGAUGAAGCUGGUCCCUGAGGGCUGCCGAGGUGCGGGCUGCCAGGUAAACACGGCCGGAGAGAACCUGGAAAAGACGCCCUUUCCCCGCCAUGUCUGGACGGCCUCCGUCUCUCGCCUUCUCUCCGUGGAUGGAGCUCACCUGCAGCCAGCUGCCAGAGAGGACUGUGCGGCGGACCCGUCCCUGUUCACACAAAGCAGGCAAGGAAAUGAGGAUGUUGGGGUGGGCGGCAACGACCCACAACAGACGCAGGUCUCCUCACGCUGA